AUGGAUACCGAUUCGGCGAGUGGUAUGGAAGACCAGUCCGCGUUCUACUCUGAGAAUCUGGAAUUUUGUAGCUACAAUCCCCCAGAAGAUGAUGAGGUUUUCCAUUCCGUUCAAAACUGUGCAUCUUCAAUCAUCAACUGGUGUGCAUCAACCCCACGAUCGAUGGACCGCAACUUCACCUCCCGUGUCGCCAGACACCUCCAGAACAGAUCACUUUUGUUCGUAACUAUCUUCCGCAGAGAUGAUGGAGAACCCAUUGGUACACUUUUCUUGGAGUCAUCUCAUCGAGAUAUGGUCCAUCAUCGAUGCUCCAGGCUGGAAGUCGGCGUCCUAAAGGAGCAUCAACAGUAUGAAACUGAGGCGAUCAACUGGGCUUUGAACUGGGCAUUUAACAGUGCCAAUCUACACCGGGUGGAGAUGAAUGUUCCAUCGUGGAAUUUGCGAAUGAGCGAGCUGUGUGAAGAGAUCGGGUUCCACACAGAGGGGCAAAAGAAGGAACGUUACUUCAAGGAUGGCGAGUGGUGGAACGAAGUGAACAUGUCUAUGCUGAAGAAGGACUGGAAGGAACGUCAGGCCUAG